UAAGAGACAGCUUUUCGGCGGCGCCCGGCGAGAAGCGCGAGGGGAGUCUGACGUGGGCUCCUCGGUCUCUCCGGUGGGGAAGCCGGCGUCGAGAGGAGCCGAGCCCGAGCGGGGCCUGGCCUGUGGGGGCCCCCGCCAGCCGCGGGACCGCGCCAGGCAGCCGCCGCCUCGUCCCACUUCUCCCCUGAGGCGCCGCGCGGCCGGGCAGCGGAUCCAGGCCUCGGCCGGCGCCGGGCCUCCGGGGCCCUCCCGGGCUCACCAUGCCCGGGGUGAAGCUGACCACCCAGGCCUACUGCAAGAUGGUGCUGCACGGCGCCAAGUACCCACACUGCGCCGUCAACGGACUGUUGGUGGCCGAGAAGCAGAAGCCGCGCAAGGAGCACGUUCCUCUGGGCGGCCCGGGUGCCCACCACACCCUCUUCGUGGACUGUAUACCCCUCUUCCACGGCACCCUGGCCCUCGCCCCCAUGCUGGAGGUGGCCCUCACCCUGAUUGAUUCAUGGUGCAAAGAUAAUAGCUAUGUGAUUGCCGGUUAUUAUCAAGCUAACGAACGAGUAAAGGAUGCCAGUCCGAACCAGGUCGCGGAAAAGGUGGCCUCCAGGAUCGCCGAGGGCUUCAGCGACGCGGCUCUCGUCAUGAUGGACAACACUAAGUUCACCAUGGACUGCGCGGUACCCACAAUCCACGUGUACGAACACCACGAAAACAGGUGGCGCUGCGGAGACCCCCACCAUGAUUACUGUGAAGACUGGCCAGAGGCCCAGAGGAUCUCGGCGUCACUCCUGGAUAGCCGGUCCUACGAAACGCUCGUGGAUUUCGAUAACCACCUGGAUGACAUUCGGAAUGACUGGACAAAUCCGGAGAUCAAUAAAGCUGUUCUGCACCUGUGUUAGGGAGGGAUUUCAGUGACUGGUCUCUGGGCAUUUCCACUACACUGAAGAAGAAAAGCUAUUGUUAAAUGUAAAGAAGAUCUCUCAUAGCCUGUGUGGAAAGCUGGCGGUGUUCAGAAGUGGCAUGUGUGCCUUGAGAGAGGGCAGAAUGUCCCAUCAGUCACCUUUCCAAUGCAGAGCCUCGAGGACAGGCAUAGACUGUCCCAUCUGACCAUCCCUGUGGAGGCCUUCCCAGUUGUGCGUUGCUAUAAUUCUUCAAAUCAGAGCUAUUUCUGCUUGUCCAAGAUUGUUCCUAUUAAACAAUUUUAACUAACCUUUUAUAAUCUGCAGAGAAUACUUUUUAAGGCUUAUGAACUGUCUUAAAAAAAAAAAAAAAGAAAGGCCCAGAUCUUAUACCCGAAUGAGAGUGUUUGUGAGUUUUCAUCCUGUUUGAGUUAAUAUCGUCCAGACCUGGGAUCGGGCAGGCACGUGGCGUGCCGGUGCCGAGCAGUUUCUGAGAGCCGUGUGCUGGUGUCAGCAGUCGGGAGGCUGCAGCUACGAACAGCACACCCCGCCCCCCCGCUGUCAGGCUUCCGUUGCUGCCACGACUCUACACGUGGGAAUAAUGCCACAGUUGCCUGAGAAACCUUCAUCAUUAAGGGCAAAAACACACAUUGUUGGGAAGGCAGCUUGGAUGGGAGCACAGUGUAAUAAUCCUCAACCAGAAAGCUUGUAAACCUGUGGAACCAAAAGAAAAGCGGAACCGUGCUAAGAUUAUCUUAAAAAGGCAAGAAUCGGUCCUAACUCCUGACUGACUUGCAUGAUUAUCCGAAUGGUUCUGAUUUACGUCUUCAAAACAAUUAUUUUUUUUUGUAUUUGAAGCAACAAAAGCAGAACAAAACUUAGGGUCCUGGAGUUUUAUAGGGCACUGUCUGUAAUCAUUAUACUUGAAACAAUCAGUCAAGCUUUUUAACCCAGUCGUAGGAAACUGAUGGGGAAACUUUAUGGUUCCAUUACAUCUUUUUCUCUUUUACGUGAAUUAUUUCACACAGAGUUCAGAGAACCGUACCUUUGCUACUGCCUUUUUCUGGACUACGUGAAGGAAAUUUGUAACAGUCGGAUAAUCUAUUGAAAAGGUUUAUGACACAGCAUUCACUAUUUUCUCUUAAUAAGUAGGAAACGUUUCAGCAUUGCUUACAAUAGAUGUGCUUUAUUUGGUCCACCAGAUUCUCUCUUCUUUCUUCAAUUCCCGCUCGCCCUUGGCUUUUUAAGCUGACUUUAAGUCACGUGGGGAAGACGAAGGGGUGAUGGAUGCAUCGGUACACUUUAUCUUUUCGCUCUCCUCGACUUAGACGCCAGGGCCAGCCCAAGUGAAACGCAGUGGACAGUCUAGUCCCAGAUGGGUCUGUAUUUGUUUCGAAAAAGAAAAGAGUUAUCUCCAGCAUUUACCACAGAAGAGGCUGUCUUGGGACUUCCCUGGUGGCGCAAUGGUUAAGAAUUCACCUGCCAAUUCAGGGGACACGGGUUCGAUCCCUGGUCUGGGAGGAUACCACCUGCCGGGGAGCAACUGAGCCCGUGCGCCGCAACUACUGAGCCUGCGCUCUAGAGCCCGCGAGCCACAACUACUGAGCCCACGUGCCACAACUACUGAAGCCCGCGCGCCUAGAGCCCGUGCUCCACAACAAGAGAAGCCACCGCGAUGAGAAGCCCUCGCACGGCAACGAGGAGUAGCCCCCGCUCGCCGCAACUAGAGAAAGCCCGCGCGCAGCCACGAAGACCCAACGCAGCCAAAAAUAAAUAAAUAAAUAAAUAAAAAUAAAGUAAAAAUUAAAAAGAAAAAGAAAAGGCUCUCUUUUCCUCGGAUUAAAAUGAACAUGUGCUACCUCCAGGUGAAGGUCAAGGGGAACUGGCAGGGCUGUUUGGAACAAAAGGUGUGGCCAAGGCUAGUUUUGGAGGCAUUGCAAGGAUAGUCUUAUUUUCCCUCAUUUUCACCUCUUUGUGGAAUUCUUGUUCUCGAUGCCACCACCUUCCCAGGAACAUGUGCCGUUCUCCAGUAUGGAUUUCAGCCUAGAACCAGGCGCCCUGUCUAUGGCUGAGUCAGGCUUAUGUUUUCAGAAGAAAGCGUAUUAAAUACUCUGAAGGGAGGAACGGAUCUGUGCAAAAAACAAAAACAGAUUUCCAAAGUGCAGAUAACUGGUCCUGGAUGCUUGUAAAGACAGCAGAAGCCUCUGAGGGGAGCCCCAGGCCUUGUGCUGGGCUCCCCUCCCUCUUACCUCUCCAAGCCUUGCUGUGUGGGCUCUGAGCCUCCGGUCUCCUGGCCCUAAGAACAGUCUUCAUUUUUCCCCACGCAACGUAAAAGUGAGAGACUGGCAGUUAGCCACUGAAAUGGACUCACACCCUGCCUUUUCCUAGAAAAGACUCAAAGGAGCAGCACAGAGUAUAUUUGUACAUUGAAGAGAUCUUCGUCCGUCAGAAUGUUCCUGAGUAACUCCUUCCUACUGAAAUCUGAAGGGGUCG